CAUAAAUAUAUCCCAUCACUUCUGUCUUCUCCCCCAAACCCACAUCACCUCCCCUUCGCCUCUUUCCGAAAUCCCUCCUCAAACCCCUUUUUUUCUGGCUUUUGGGUAUGAUUCUCCUCCACUCCUCUCUUGCAUCUGCUGUAAGAACCCAUUGCCCAAAAACGAAAAAAGUUUGAGUCUUUUGCACACAUGUGACCAGACGACAAGAAGAAAACACCAAGUUUCUUUUUUUUUCUUCUUCUUUGAUUCUUUACUUUCAAGAUGAUAAAAAUUUCAGACCUUUACCAUGUUCUAACAGCAGUGGUUCCGCUCUAUGUUGCCAUGGUGUUAGCCUAUGGGUCGGUGAAGUGGUGGAAGAUCUUCACCCCAGAUCAGUGCUCCGGGAUCAACAGAUUCGUGGCUCUCUUUGCCGUUCCUCUUCUGUCUUUCCACUUCAUCUCCACUAACAACCCUUAUGCUAUGAACUACAGGUUCAUAGCAGCAGAUGCUCUUCAGAAACUCAUUGUCCUUGGGGUUUUACUCAUCUGGUCAAGAACCAGCUCAAGGGGAUCUCUUGAAUGGUCCAUUACCCUCUUCUCUCUUUCCACUCUCCCCAACACACUUGUUAUGGGGAUUCCUUUGUUGAAGGGCAUGUAUGGGGAGUUUUCUGGGGGGCUAAUGGUCCAGAUUGUGGUGCUUCAGUGCAUUAUUUGGUACACUUUGAUGCUCUUCUUGUUUGAGUAUAGGGGAGCUAGGUUGCUCAUUGCGGAGCAGUUCCCUGACACUGCGGCUUCCAUUAUCUCAUUCAAGGUCGAUUCUGAUGUCAUCUCGUUGGAUGGGAAAGAUCCAUUGGAGACCCAAGCUGAGGUUGGUGAUGAUGGGAAGCUCCAUGUGAUUGUGAGGAGGUCAGCAGCUUCUAGGUCUGAGAUUUUGUCAAGAAAAUCCAAUGGGCCCCACUCUUCUGGUCUUUCAUUGACACCCAGACCUUCAAACCUCACCAAUGCUGAGAUUUACUCCCUCCAGUCCUCAAGAAACCCUACCCCUAGAGGGUCCAGCUUUAACCACACUGAUUUUUACUCUAUGCUGAAUGGGAACAAGAGUGCAAAUCUCAAUACUAGUCCAAGGAGAUCCAAUAUGGGGUUUGAUGAGGAGAGUGGGUUAGGAGGAGGGGGGAGGGCAAAUGUGGCCUCAGGGUACCCUGCACCGAACAGUGCCACCGGAGUAGUCUCUCACACGACGGGUUCGGGUGCUAAGAAGAAGGCUAAUGGGACUGAGGGCGGAGGGGGCAAAGAUCUUCACAUGUUUGUUUGGAGCUCAAGUGCUUCACCAGUGUCUGAAGGGGGGAUUCAUGUCUUCAAGGGAGGUGACUAUAAUCAAGAAAUUAUUGGGGUUGGACCUCACCCUAAAGAUUAUGACGACUUUGGCCGGGAUGAAUUCAGUUUCGAUAAAAGACAGAGUGGAAAUGAGCGCCGGGAAGGGCCAGUGCUGUCAAAGCUAGGUUCAAGCCGCUCCACAACUGAGCUCCGGCCCAAGACAACAGAUGAAACCACCAAGCCUCCUCACAUGCCUCCUACAAGUGUCAUGACCAGACUCAUUCUUAUCAUGGUGUGGCGAAAACUUAUCAGAAACCCAAACACAUACUCCAGUCUCAUUGGCCUCACUUGGUCUUUGGUUUCGUUCAAGUGGCACGUUGAGAUGCCGGCCAUUAUAGCUAAAUCAAUAUCCAUUCUAUCUGAUGCUGGCCUUGGAAUGGCAAUGUUCAGCCUUGGUUUGUUCAUGGCAUUGCAGCCUAGAAUCAUUGCCUGUGGGAAGAAAAUAGCUGCAUUCUCCAUGGGUGUUAGGUUUCUUAUUGGUCCUGCAGUCAUGGCUGCUUCCUCCAUUGUCGUUGGCCUUCGAGGUGUCCUGCUUCACGUCGCCAUUGUCCAGGCUGCCCUUCCCCAAGGAAUCGUGCCUUUCGUGUUUGCAAAGGAAUACAAUGUCCAUCCUGAUAUAUUGAGCACCGGGGUUAUAUUUGGGAUGCUAAUUGCUCUGCCCAUAACUUUGGUCUACUACAUCUUUUUGGGUCUCUGAUGCUUUUGAAAAGCUGUUAGAAAAGUUCACACACCUAACACAAAGAGGUGACUNGGUCUAACAAGACACUAGAUUUAACUAUGAAGCCUUCCCUAUAAAAGAGAUGGUGAAUGACAAAUGUUGAAACAAGGCAGAGAUACAUAUAUAGAGAAGAUGGUGAAGUUUGGUCAUUUUGCACCCUUGGAUUAUUAGCUUUCUAGUACCUACCACUUUGUUGUUGUUUUCUUCUAUCCCACCACCCCACCCCAGAAACACUUGUGCUUAACAAACAAAUCAAGAAAGUCCUGGUUG